AUGGUCCUAAUUUCAACAAAUGUCAACCCCUCUAAUAUCGCUCCCUUUUUUGUGCCUUUGCAGGGAAAGAAGUUUAGCUUUGGGAAGAUUCUCUUCAGCAACACCACAAUUUUCCUGAGAUUUGAAGGAGAUGAAAAAGCUUGUGAACCCUCCCAGAUUUUCAAUGUUACUUGGUACUUAAGAUACUCUGACUGCUACAAUGAAGUCUUCAACUUUGGGGAUGAGCAAGCAGAUAACUAUUUUGGGACUACAGCUGAAGAGCAUCCGGGUUGGUCUGGAUACUAUGCCACUUCUUCUCUCAUCUUUCAAAAUUGCUCUGAGCUCUUCAGGCCUCAGAUAUUCUAUAAAGAAUUUGUUCAUCCAGAGCCUCUCUCUCCUGAGAAACAAGAGGGCGUAAAAGAUAAGAAGGAGAGUGCAGGAAAUCACUCAAUGGUGACAGAUAAACCUGCAAUGAAUGCUAUUAUCAAAACUUGGCGAGAUGGGCCAUAUAUAUUUAUUGUGCAAAUUGGACUUAAGACUGCAAAGGAUUCUACUGCCAGACUUAAAAGAACUGAGAGAACAACACCUUCCUCAUAUCAGAACAAGCCCUUUACAAUGACAGUAGAACUGAAGGGGCCAUAUGAGUAUCUUUCACUUGCAGACUACCCUCUGAUGAUUUUUUUCAUGGUGAUGUGUAUUGUGUACGUAUUCUUCGGGGUUCUGUGGCUUGCGUGGUCAGCCUGUUACUGGCGGGAUCUCCUGAGGAUCCAGUUCUGGAUUGGCGCUGUUAUCUUCCUGGGAAUGCUGGAGAAAGCAGUUUUCUAUGCCGAGUUCCAGAACAUCCGCUACACGGGCGAAUCCGUUCAAGGAGCAGUAAUACUGGCAGAACUUCUUUCCGCUGUGAAGCGCUCGUUGGCUCGAACUCUGGUCAUCAUAGUCAGCCUGGGAUAUGGGAUAGUCAAGCCUCGCCUUGGAGUGACUCUUCACAAAGUAGUUAUGGCUGGAGCCCUUUAUCUGUUAUUUUCUGGCAUGGAAGGUGUUCUUAGAGUCACAGGGGCCCAGAAUGAUCUUGCCUCCUUGGCUUUUAUUCCCCUGGCUUUCCUAGAUACUGCCCUGUGCUGGUGGAUAUUCAUCAGCUUAACUCAAACAAUGAAGCUGCUAAAACUUCGAAGGAAUGUUGUGAAACUGUCUUUGUAUCGGCACUUCACCAACACACUCAUCUUGGCAGUAGCAGCAUCUAUUGUAUUCAUCAUCUGGACAACCAUGAAGUUCAGGCUGGUGGACUGUCAGUCGGACUGGCAAGAGCUAUGGGUGGAUGAUGCCAUCUGGCGUUUAUUGUUUUCAAUGAUCCUUUUUGUCAUCAUGAUUCUGUGGAGACCAUCUGCUAACAACCAAAGGUUUGCUUUCUCACCACUGUCAGAAGAGGAUGAUGAUGAUGAACAGAAAGAGCCAAUGUUAAAGGAAAGCUUCGAGGGAAUGAAAAUGAGAAGUACAAAGCAAGAACCAAAUGGGAAUGUAAAAGCAAACAAAGUUCAAGAGGAUGACCUGAAGUGGGUAGAGGAGAAUGUUCCUUCAUCAGUGACAGAUGUUGCUCUUCCAGCUCUUCUGGAUUCAGAUGAGGAAAGAAUGAUUACCCACUUUGAAAGGUCCAAAAUGGAAUGAAGGAGUAGCUUUUUGCUCUUGGAAGUGGAGACACCUCUGUUAAAGUUGCUUGGUGGAGCAAGUGCAUCCUGCUGAUUUGUCUCUUGAUCUCAGCCUUGAAAGUUUGAUGCUUUAAUGUCAUGGAGGGUGUCUUGCUGUGGAAGAAGUUCACAAGGACAUUAUAAACCUUUUGGAAAUUUGAAUUUAAAGUUGCUGCAAGUUUGGAUUUUUAAGCAGUUGACAUGUGUACUAUUCCAGCACCUUCUGUAACUUUUCAAAUAUUUAAUCUGUGAAACUAAAAUUCCUAAUGUCUGCUUGAGGAGUUUAUAUUUCAAUGUUACAAUUGACACUUAGAUGUGAACUGCCUGUACCUUUUUGGGGGGAGGGUGGCAACAGAUAGAAAUAAGCACUGAAGAAACAACAGACCCAUUUUCUGGUAGAUAACAACUGCUGUUGUAUGUCAUGUGUUCACUAUGCAUGGGAGAGUUUUAGAGAGAAGCUCCUGUUGAUGAAGAAAAUUAAGAUGCCAGAAAGGAAAUAUUUGGAAAAGUUACAGUGAUAUGAGUUUUUAACAAAAUCAAGUGCAAUUUUAUUCAUAACACUGUGUAUGAAAGAUUUUCUAUUUUAAAUGCCAUUGACCUGUAGGUAACAGCUGCCUAGAGCUAACACACUUGCUGUUGUGGCACAUCUCAUUGCCGGCAAUGUGGUGGAUGCCUGGAAAAAUGAUUUGCCCCUACCUUUCAUGUGUUGCAUGAUUUAUUAAAAAAAAAAAAAACCCCAACAAAUAAAACAGCAAAAGCAAACAUCACCAGAACCACUCCUGCAGUGCUCCACAAGUGCUUGACUACAUGUUAAGCACAAAUUAAGUGGAUGUUUCAGCCGAACUCUUCCCCUUUUAUGUGUAACAUCUCCCACCAAGAAGCCGGCACUCCUCUACAGAAGAUGGCAUUGCUUUCUAAUGGCGUGAGCACUGCCUGCCUUACUUGAAAGAGGAUUUACAGGGAGUCCACAGUGCUGGGAUAGUUCUGUUCCCACUGUCUGUUUAGAAUUGCUUCCCAUGUAAGUGAUUUGAUGCUGGGCUUUCCUGUCCCAACUGGUCCCUGUGGCCAAGAGGUACUCUGAGAUCACUGUGUUUCAGUCAAAGUUGCAGGUUUCUAUUCUAUAUAAUUGCAUUUUGUUUCUCCUUUUGAAAUGAAAAGGAGCUUUUGGAUAAUGUUCUGGUUUCUGCUUGGCUGUGGCAGCUGAAGUUGCAAUAACUUCCUCAUGGAAACCUGUCGUGGACUGUAUGACAAAAGCUCUAAUUUGGGUUCAUAACCUUUAAAACUGAUGAUUAGGAGGCAAGCAGCUGCUGGGUAUCUAGGAAGCAGAUGUGGCUGCUGCUGGAACAGCAUAGAGCAUCAGCUUUUCUGGUUCUUCUCAUAGCUAUGUCAGCAGAAGUGAACAUGUGCCUGUACUUCAUUCAUUCAUUCCACUGUAAGGUUAGGUAGCUUAGCUGUAGCUCCCCUUUAUCAGCAAUUCAAGCUGAAACAUGGCACUUUACAGUACAGUAGGUGAGGCACAAGGACAUAGCAUCUUCUGCUAGCUCUGUUGUGGGGAGGGCAGAGGGGCCGAGAAAAAAAGCUGUGGCUGUAGCACCUCACUGCUUGUGCAAGAGUUGCUGGAGCUCUUCUGCCAUCCUUUUCAGGCCACAGAUAGAAUCUUUAAUUAGAAAACACUUCUAAUUUGCUAUGCUUAAUUCUAUAGAUGAAAAAAAUAUUAUCUCCAUCUCCUUUUGGGGAGAGGAAAUUUUGUGAAAUAAAGCUACACAAAGCUUGCUAUUUAAUUUUUUUUGUUUUCAUUUUUAAAGAAAUCCUAUUGUUUUGGGUUGUUUGGGUUUUUUGAAACAAAUAGGUGAAAAUGUUCUCUACUGCAAGCACAAAAGUUUGUACGUACUAUUUAAUAAAGGCUAGGCAAAGAGUAGAAAGGCUCACAUUGUGUCCUUCCAGUUUCUUAAUCUCUCUUCUCUCACAUGAAUUGUUACCACCUUCACAAAGCUGAUGAAGUUAUUCCAAUAGUUAUUUCCAAGACUGAAAAUGAA